UACUUCCGCUUCCGUAUUGUGUUCCGGUGAAUGUUCGGUAAUGUUCUGUUUGUGCGUGUAGUUAAAGAAUAAUAUAAUUUAAUUUGUUAGGAAGGCUAACUGUAUAAUUUUGUAAAGAAAUAUUCAAAAUGGCUCAGAGUAAACUGAAUGACUUGGCUGGACGAUUUGGUAAAGGUCCGAAAGGCGUAGGAACAGGAUUAAAAAUAUUGGCUGUUGCUGGCGCCGCUCUUUAUGGUGCUUCUCAGUCCAUGUACACAGUUGAAGGUGGUCACCGUGCGAUAAUCUUUAGUCGGAUUGGGGGCGUGCAGCAAGAAGUAUUUCCAGAGGGACUGCACUUCAGAAUUCCGUGGUUCCAGUACCCCAUCAUAUAUGACAUCAGGUCCCGGCCCCGCAAGAUCUCAUCCCCGACGGGAAGUAAGGACCUGCAGAUGGUGAACAUUUCGCUGCGAGUCCUGUCACGUCCAGAUGCGAUCAGCUUGCCGAUCAUGUACCGCCAGCUCGGCCUGGACUAUGAUGAGAAGGUUCUUCCUUCGAUCUGCAAUGAGGUGUUGAAAAGUGUAGUGGCCAAGUUCAAUGCAUCACAGCUUAUCACACAGCGCCAGCAGGUUUCCCUGUUGGUGAGGCGCGAGCUGACAGAGCGAGCUCGAGACUUUAACAUCAUUCUGGAUGACGUUUCCAUCACGGAACUGAGUUUUGGCAAGGAGUACACGGCUGCUGUGGAGGCGAAGCAGGUUGCACAGCAAGAAGCGCAGCGUGCAGCUUUCGUGGUGGAGCGUGCCAAGCAGGAGCGCCAACAGAAGAUCGUCCAAGCCGAGGGAGAGGCAGAAGCUGCAAAAAUGUUGGGUGAGGCAGUGUCACAGAACCCUGGUUACUUGAAGCUGCGGAAGAUCCGGGCUGCACAGAGCAUCUCCAGGACGAUCGCGAACUCGCAGAACAGAGUGUUCCUGAGUGGAAGCAGCUUGAUGCUGAACAUCAGUGAACCGACGUUCGACGACCUGAGUGAAAAGUUGAAAAGUGAAGACAGUGUGAGUCAUACCGGUGGCGACGGGAGCAGAUCGCUCGUUUUCGACUCGGCCGUACGCAGUGCCACUCUCUUGUUCAGGCAUUGAUGUGUCGUGGCUUUGUAGUGUAUGAAUGUGAUGAGGUGAGUGUUCACUUGUUGUGAGUCUACUUUGCUCGUUACCUGGAAUCAAAGAAGAUUUUAAAGCAGUGUUAGCAGUUUUUCAUCUGGUACUCCACUGUUAUUCGGAGUUCAAUUUGCUUGACGUCAAAUUCAAAGGGGUGUUAUAAUGUGGCACCAUACGUCUUUACCUUCGUCUGUUGUAGAAGUCAUUUUAAUUUGGAUCAAAAUUAAACUAACUGGUGAAUUUUUAAUGCAGACCUUUUUGCCUGAUUUUGUAAAAAUUUGUUCCUUGAGAUGUACAUUGUCUCGUGGGGGUUAAGAACGGCAUUUGAACGUCAUACUUGGUGGUAUUACUAGGAAUUCUUAGUCCAGAGGCCUUCGUGGCUUAGCAAAAUGGUGGUGUUUCCCAGUCCACAAGCCCCCAAAGACCAAUUGUGACUCCGAUGCUAGGGGCAUCAAUGAAGGGUCUGAUUAUGGAACGUAGCUACUCGCCCACUAAUUUCAUAUGUCUGAUUAAUAUUUUCUAAAUGCAAAGUGAACGCUAUACACUAAUGCACUAAACACUGUAUGCAACAGAAUAAUUCAACUGGACUGGAACGUGAUUUCCUAUGUUGGACUGAUUUCAUUGGAAAUGGAGGUGUUAGAUUCCUGGAAGCCACGAACAGUUCGGCUGCUGCGUUUGUUAAUUGGAUUCCAUUCUCAUUAAGUCCGUGAGAUGCAGGCAGUAAGCCAGGCACAAUAUAGCGCUGUGUGGACUUGAAGUUACCUGUUCUGUAUUUUGUUACUUGGUGUACAUUUCAGAGACUAUUAAUAAAACAGGCCGUUCUCUGAAAGGAGACAUUAUUCUGUA